AUGGCGGACUCGGGGGGCGCUUCCUGGCCUCGCCCGCUGGUCCCCCCUUGCAAGGAACGAACAGAAAGGGCGAGCGCUGCCGGGAAACACACGGCCACCACCCGCCACCUCUCCGCCUUGGUCACCCCUGCCGGGAAGGCCUACGAAUGCCAGGCUCAGCAGACCAUCACCCUGACCUCCAGCGACCACCAGAAAUCGGUCGUCCUCUUGCUCUCGGAGGUCCGCCUCCAGCCCUUCGAUAUCAGCUCCGAUUUUGAAUACGGCGAAGAGCAUAAAUGUCCCGUGGACCAACGGGAACAACUAGAAGAGACCCUCCCUCUCAUUCUGGGCUUGAUUUUGGGACUGGUCAUUGUGAUAACUCUCGGGAUCUACCACGUCCAUCUCAAAAUGACGGCGACUAGCCAAGUUCCGAUCCCACGAGACAGAUCCGAGUACAAACACAUGGGGUAGCUGGUGGAGGGGCCGUCAGGCGGCCAAAGCAAAAGCACUUCCUUCCCCCCCCCUGACAGGUCAGGGGGCCCCACACCAAGAAACGAUCUAUUCUUUAAUGACCCAACGGAGAAGGCUGGUGGGGAGAGCAGCCAUGUCUCAACCGUUUAAUAUUUAGAGCCCAGAACAACGUUUUCUUCCCCGGAAAGCCAUCAUUGUGAAUUGAAUCUUUUCCUGCAUUUGCCAGACUCCUUCCCUCCCCCUCACUUUCUCCCUUCCCCAGAGAAAAGGUUGGGAUUUCCUUUGAUAUUUAUAACCCUCUUCCCCCCUCCCAACUGCGGACCCACAAUG